AUGGAGGCCCUUAAUGAGGUUUACGGAUUCAACAAGAAUGUGUCCAAACCAGAAGAGUUCUACGCAUCGUUUCGGGUAAACCCACAUGCACGGAACGUAUUCAAUACCGCAGACAAGGAAGAACAUCGAAGGAAGCGACGCAUCAUGAGUAAAGCAUUCUCUGCAAAAGCUCUCCCACACUAUGCGCCUUUCAUCUCUUCCAAAGUGGACGAGGUGUCGGUAAAAUUCAAUGGUGGUGAGUUCCCUUCCACCGUGGGACAUUGGAGAACCUUCAAUAUGGCUGAUGAGAUCAACUAUCUCAUGCUGGACAUAAUGGGCGGUCUCUGUUUUGGUGAGGCUUUUGGCUUUAUCGCUGGCCGGGGCACAGAUAUGAUGAAGAACGUCCAUGCGCGCGCUAUCCGAAUUUACAUGACAGGCCAGGAGCCUCUUCUCAAACGCUUUUCUCUGGACAGGCUUUUCUUCCCGCGUCUGUUCCACGCUACAAAUACGUUAGGACAGUACACCCGAUACUACACUGAGAAGCGCAUCCAGAGUCGCGAGAAUAUCGAGCUUGAUAAGGAAGCGGUCGAGGAGCGAGGCUACGAAGAUAUCCUUGCCCACCUCCUGAACAAUAAGGACGAUGAGACUGGGGCAGUUUAUAGCCCUGACGAGUUACUUGGCGAGGCAACUCUCCUUAUGAUGGCUGGGUCCGACACAUCGACUACUGCAAUCAACACCGCAUUGUUCUAUCUCACCAAUCAUCCACGAAUUCUUCGUAAGUUAUCGAGCGAACUUUUCAAGACCUUCCCCAAGCUGGAGGACAUACACCCAAACACAGCAGAGAACUGCAAGUACUUGAGGGCCUGCCUAGAUGAAGCAAUGAGGCUAUGUCCAUCUGUGCCAUCCAGCAUCCCACGCGUGGUUGACGAGGGUGGGAUAACGGUGACAGGCGAGGAGAUCCCCGUGGGAUUCUGGGUUUCGGUGCCUCACUUCACCAUCUUUCGCAAUGCCAAGUAUUUCGACCGACCCCAUGACUACAUUCCCGAGCGAUGGACAGCGGACGAGCAGACGGGAUACACUCCUGAAGACGUCAAGCUCGCUCAAACAGUAUUCCAUCCUUUUUCUCUUGGCCCACGACAUUGUAUUGCGCGUAAUCUGGCCUUGCGCGAGAUGACAUUUGCUCUGGCGCGCAUCUUGUACCUCUUCGAUGUGGAGCCAGUGCCUAACAGUGGGCGUUGGAUGGGUGACCUGCCCGGCAUUGACACCACCAACAGCCACUUCAUCCACGAGCAAUGGGACGUGUUCACAUCAUUGGAGAAGGGUCCUUAUUUGAGGAUAAUGGCGAAAAACGGUAUUGAGCGCCACCUAUGA